AUGAUGAUGGAAGAUGCCCUAAGCGGUUCCACUGCAAGAGGCUGCAGUGGAACCGCAAAGAUUUUAAUUGGUCAAGGAAAAAAAGAAGAAAAGAGAUUUUUUCGCAUUACACUAUUGAGAAAAAAAGACCAGAAAAAUUAAUUUUUAUAAUGAAGAUAAUUUUUUUGCAGUUAUGUUGGCCGGGGUGGUAAUUACCAUCGUCUGAAACAACAAAGUGAUGAUUUUUCAAUAAAAAAACGUUAGCAGGUUCUCGGCUCUCCGUCCAAAAAAAUUACUGUGAAUCAUUUGACAGCUCGAUAUUCCUGUUAGAAAUUGUUCAUAAAACUUUCUACAAAAAUCUCAUUUUUUUGUCAGUUUUUCAUUGCAACUCGCCAAGUUUAUCCUGUAUUUCUUUGUUAAAUCUGUGGUGGAACGUUAUAAAUGUAAUGACGCACUGUUAUUGUUUUUGCAAAAUAAAUAAAGUUUGAAAUCUCUUUUUUUCGAACAAAAUCUGUCAUUGUGGAUCAGAGAGAAUACUUCACUACGGCUUCUGAAAAAGGCCUCUCGUGCCGUGAAAAAAUACUAAUUCAAGUUUUAAAACAUUUCAGAUUGCAGGAACUUUGCUGCACACCUUCAAGAUUUUUCUUCAAGCGUCGAAAUCGACUUGGAUCCAUCCGGCAAAUUUUCCGAAUCAACAGUAACCUUGACAUUUCUUUCUGCACGUAUUUUUGAAUCUAACGACAUAGAAGAGCUCUCGCAGACGCUUUUUGUGAUAAGUUAACGGACAAGGUCAAGCUUGGAGUUUGAGAGGAAUAGUGUGUAGAUCAGGAUCUAUGUGACCCAUAGGUUGAACAAAAUCCAAGCGAAACAGUACUUUGAGAGAAAGUUUUUUCAUACUGAACUUUUCAGUUGUUUCUCGCUCACCGGAAGCCGUUGCCCAUGAGCUCGCGCUGUGUCAUGAGGUUCGUAGGAAAAGACACGUUUUUGAAGUACAGAGAGUGUUUAAAUGUUUCAUUGUAUUGGAAGUUUUCAAACUGAUACCGCUUGUGGUUUCAAACUUCUGGUAUUUUCCAAAGUAAAACUACGACUUUUUGAACCUCUACUAAAUCAUAAAGUUUCGACCAGUUCUUCAUGGAAUUCUGUAGGCUUGUUGGACUUCCAAAAGAGUAUCUACGAGUAGUUCGAAUAAAAACUUUUAUUUUAUUUUCUCAGUCUUCUAUUCAAAGUUUAUUGAUUUUUUUCAUUCAGUUCAAAAAGAAAUGACGCUGUUCGCGCGCGCCCGUCCCUGAAAUAGCAAGAGACUCCAAGAUUUCCACCAAUACUACGCUGGAGAAAAAGGUAAAUCUUUAUUUUUGGUUCUUAUAUCUUAAGCGUUCGUGGAAAUUUCUAUCUAACAUUGUUCAUUCCAAUUUCAAAAAUAUUUUUUUAUCUGGAUUUUCGAAAGUUCUUGUUUCAUACCUCAUUUUUCACGGAGAACAAUUUCGUGAAUGAUAUAUUUAUUUAAGGUCGCCCCCCAUCUUGACAGUCUUCGUUGGCGGAAACCACGAAGCCUCGGAUUCCUGGCUAAAAUCCCAACGGAGGAUGGGUUGCACCUAACAUCUUCAACAAGGGCCAUGCUGGCCCUGUGAGUUUUCAAACUUUUCAAUAGCAGUGAGAUGAAUAUGAAACAUUUGAGUUUUGAUUGACUUUAAUUUCAAAUUCUUUUUCCAGAAUCAAAAUCUGUUGUUUUAAUCCCUCAUUUUAACCAUGUGUAGUAAGAGGUAAUAAUAAAACUUCGAAACUGGAUUUCCAGUUCUUUGAUUAUAAAUUCUACUUCAUUUACAAAUACGAAUUUAUCGGUUUUAGAAACAUAAUAAUAAUAAUUUUAUCGAUUUUUGAAUCGUAAUAAAUAUUAUACUCGAAAAAAAUAACGUUCAUUGGAUGAGUAAAACGAAAAAGAGAUGUUCCAUGUUCAUCAUUUUAGGAGAAUGAAACCUGAAAAAAACAACAAAUAUUUCCAUUUUUAAAUUUUUGAGAAAAAAACGUAGAAAUUUUUAAAAACUGUGUUUCCAGAAAUUCUGGAUGGGAUGGUGAUCAAAAAAACACAUUUUUUUCAUUUAGGAAUGAUCCUGUUUUUUUCAGUUAUCUUGGACGGGAUGGUAAUGCUCGCGUGAUCUCCGACUUCUUCGUGAGGAAUCGCAGCACCGAAAUCAGACAAAACGGUGAGUUUUACAGAAAUAAUUAUUCUUUCUCACAAUCUUGAAAAAUUAUUUCAUUGCUUCGAAAUAAUUCCUCUUCUUUCAGAAAAUGAAAAAGAGACAGAAAACCGCAGUGCUGGGUUGCGGACACGGGCAUUUUGUCGUGAAGGAGCGCGCUCAUCUUCUUAUUUGGAGACUUUCAGGUUUUUUUCUUUUAAUUUCGGAUUUUACACUUUCGAAAUAGCGUUUUAUUGAGAUUUUCGGAGAAGAAUUUGGAAGGAAAAGAUGAAAGUGCGCACUUUUUUUACCACGAUCGAAAAAAAUGAAAAUAAAAAAAAUAAAAAAAAGCAUUAAUUUUUUUGAUUUUUUUGUUGUUGCGAAAAAUUGAUUUUCAACUCAAGAGUUUUUUUCAGUCAUUGUGGUGGGAAUGGUGAUGGGACACCAUCUAGUGGCCGGAGGGCCACUACUAUUCUGUCCUUCCGGCACAACAACAACAACAGAUGCCGUUCGGACAAGUUCUUGUAAGUUUUUCUUGCCAAACACUUGAAAAAUAGUGGAAAUGAAUUCAGCGAUGUUGGUCGGGGUGGUAAUCGACCACCGAUUGAUCGGUGCCAGAAAAAAGAAAAGUGAGUUCUCCGAACAAGAAAGAUGUUCAAUAAGUGAGAAAAUAAAGAAAAUAGAUUUUUUCUUUUUCAAAAAACUAAGGAAAACAUUCAAAGGUUAUCCUGUGUAUCUAAGUAAUUUUUCGCAGAGAUCUUGGAGGGGGUAGUGAUCAACUACCAAUUGGAACAACGACAACCUGGUAAUCAACAAAAGGAUUUUGAUGUGAUGACUUUCUGCUCGACGAGUUCGUUUUAAAAGUGAGUCCUUCUUUUGCAGCUCAUUUUGAAUAUUCCUCUCUGCCAGAGAAAAUAUUGAAAAUAUUCCCUGCUUUUUUGAAAUGAUGUGUUCAUGUUUUGCAGUCAUUUUGGACCUCUAUACCUCUAUUAUUAUCUCACUCCAUCACAAAUCACUUUUUUCAGAUAUGUUGGACAAGAUGGUGAUUGGCCACCGUCCAAGCGGCCUCACAACCAACAAACACGUGAGUUUUUUUCUAACGAAGAAGUUGUUCAUCAGAUGAAAAAAAAAAAAAAAUUAAUUCUGCUUUAGUUAUUGAGAAAAAAAAUGUUUUCACUGAAGCAUCUUUUCAGUCAUGUUGGAUGGAAUGGUGAUCUCGGGUCAGCUCCAAGUUCUGCGCCAGAAAAAAUCGUGAGAACACAAUCAAUUCAUAGCUCAAUAAUCCUGUUAAAAAUUGUUCUUUUUUUCCGAUUGCUGUUUAUAUUCAUCGCUUCGAAUUCCUUAAACUUCACUUCCGUAAUUUUGUAUUUUGUGAAACGUUGUAUUUGCAAUAACUCCGAGAUUUGUACUUUAUCUUCUUGUCAUUCCUUUCUGUUUCAACAGAAUAAUAAAGUUUAGAAAUUUUCUUGUUUUUUCUCUUGAAAUAAUCUGUCGUUGUAAAUCAGAAAAAUAUUAUUUCAUAAUGAUUUCCAAACGAAAAAAAUUCAAACGUCAUAAAAAAACAGUCCAAUUUAUAUUUAGAUUGGUUCAGAUUGCGGAAACAUCACUGCGAAACCUCUAGAUUCGUCUUCAUGCGUCGAUAUCGGCAUAGAUUCAUUCGGAAGUUUUAACGAAACAAUAGUAAGCUCUGAAGAUGUUUUUUUCAUUUAUUCAACGCCCAAGACAUUUUUGAAGUAUAUAAGUUCUUGUAUGUUCCAUUUUCAACGUUCUGUAAUUUUCGAAUCAGUAGUUCUAGUACCUCAUUUCCAUCGGGAAUUUUUUGAAAAAAUGAGAUGAUUUCUUGUAGAAAGCGCCUAUUCUGACGACAUUUGUGGAUGGAAACCACUCAGCGGCGGGAUUUUUUUGGUCGAGCUUCCGAACACCGGCAGCGCCCAAUAUGCGCCACAUGGCUCAUUCUGGCGAUGUGAGUUGA